AUGCGAGCCCACGGGAUCAUGCGUUAUUCGAUAUUCGCGUUUCUCUUCGGACACUGCCAUUCACAACAACAAGACAUAUCCCGAGGCUUUACCUCUGGAUCUACAGAAUUGCAGGCAAGCUUCGCGGGCGAAGCAUCGGAGGGGUUCUCAGAUGGCGCGCAGCUUAGUCAACAGGAAACAUCCUCAUCACCUGUCUUCGCGCUAGGCGAUUCUUCCGGAGUCAACACAGCUGCUUCGUUCACAAUCAUGAUGGUUGACACUACCUCCGCAGAUGAACAGACGCUCCGUUUCUUGCGCACGGGUUACAGACCCUCCGGCGAGAAAACUCAACUGCAAUCAUCCGUGGAUCCAUUACUUCCGUAUCAAGCCCCAGGGUCUUUUGUGGAGACCGGUGCGAGGAAGUACAUCUUCCUGUUGUACAGCGAACCCCGUAAUUUGCGCAUACGCAAUCUACCUCAGGAAGGCGGGGCUUUUGAUCUGGACCGGUUCCAGACUGAGAAUAACUUUAAGAGCCCAAGGGCCGGUAUCACGUUCAGAGUCAACAUUGGAGACGGUGGGGACAGGCAACAACCCAGUGAAUCAGUCCCCUCCCAGGGUUCCACGACAACCACUGCGGUGAGGACUGGUCCCGCACCGCCUAGCACUACCCAGCUAGCACCGACCAGUGCAGUGGCAGAUCUGGAACCGAUAUCAACAAGGCCCCUCGCAUCGUCGACAUCGGUGCCCAUUUCGAUUGCGACUUCCCAACUUUCCGCGGUUCCCACAGUCACCUCUCAGAUACCAACCCCGUCCGAAGGGCAAUCAGAAGCGCCAUCCACGCCGCUCGUGCCAGUUGUCAGCACUGUCCUUGCAUCGAGUGCUUCCGAUCCACCUUCAAGUUUGACGAGUUUCCUGACUACCACGAGUGAUGUCCCAGCGAGCAGCGCUCUCGUUGAGCAGCCCAGUGCCUCCCCGACAACCCUCGAGAUUGCUACGGUUUCAGCUUCAACAACCACACCGGCUAGUGGUGCUACAUUAAUCGCAACAAGCACACGCCCGUCGCCUGCGCUGCAGACCGUUAAUGGGGCCAUGGGUGUCAAGGAAGCGGGUCUCAAGUUAAUCUUCCCGGUCAUCCUUGUCUGGAGUUCUUUGUAUCUGUGA